AUGUCUGAAAUAACGUCUCAAGAAUUGAAAGAUGAAUUAUCAUCUAUUCAAGAAAAUUCUGUCAAUUAUUCAAUUUUAACAUCUGAACAAGAUUUCCAUAAUGCCAAUAUUAAACUCAGCAAUCCUAAAUUAAUUAAAGAUGAAUUAUUACAUUAUCAAAAUAUUUUCUCCAAAUUGAAAUUUUUAUAUUUAGAACAAGAAACAAGAGAUAUUUUCCUAAGAGAAAUAUCUGAAAUCAAUUAUAAACUACCACCAAAAGAUAAAAAUUUCAUUAAUGAUUCUGAUUUCCAAUUAUUGGAACAAGAAACUCAAAUUAGUAAACAACGAUUAAAACAUAAUAAACAAGACAUGUAUAAGAAAAUAUCUCAAUUAGAAAGAAUCACCAAUGAAACCGAUUUAUUAUAUACAAAUUAUAAUAAUCGAUGCCGACAAAUUCAAGAAUCAAUUAAUGAAGAAGUCAAUUCAUUAGAAAUGAAAAUUGAUGAAUUAGUCAAUCAAAAUGAAGAUAAUCAUACCAUAAUGGAAUAUAUGAUGGAUUCUCGACCUUCAUCAGUUAGUGAAAUGAUAUCACUGCAAGAUAAAGAUAUUUUAAAACAAGAUGCCAUAGAUAAAUUACAUGAAAUAAAUAAAGAUAUAAAUGAUACCACAACCCAAUAUAAAAAUAGUUCCCAUCAAAUUGAAACAAUUAGUAAUAAAUUAAAUGAUUUGAAUAAAAUUUUGAAUGAUUUACAACCUAUGGAUUAUAAAGAUGAUAAAUUACAAAAAUAUACUAAAUGGUGUAUAGAGAUGAAUGAGAUAUUGACAAAAUUAAGUGUUGUUGAUAAAAUUGAAUUGAAUCAAGAAGAAGAAAAACCCCAUUCACAAAAUGAAUAUUGUUUAAGUAUAAAUUGGAGUAGUGGUAACGGCCAAAAUAAAUUGGUUAUAAAGUAUCAUGAAGGAGAUUGGAAGAUUACUUCAUUACAAGGAUUUAAAGGUAAUAAUACUAAGAUUAUAUCAAGAAUAAAUUCACUAGGCAAUCAAAAUGAUUUUUUCAAAGCAAUUGCUCAAUUUAUUAUUGAAUUAACUGGAUAA